AGCGUCCGGUGUGAACACUUCGACAUUCGGUAACUUCGCUGUAAAAGCUCGUCAAUCUCUAGUGCAAACGUCGACUAACCGCUACUACAACAAAUUUAGCAAUGGCCGGUGGAAAGGCAGGAAAGGACUCCGGGAAAGCAAAAGCAAAGGCAGUAUCGCGCUCCGCUCGUGCCGGAUUGCAGUUCCCCGUCGGCCGUAUUCAUCGCCACCUUAAGAACAGAACCACUAGCCAUGGACGCGUCGGCGCAACAGCUGCCGUAUAUUCGGCGGCUAUUUUGGAAUAUCUCACGGCAGAGGUACUCGAGCUGGCCGGCAACGCUUCGAAAGAUCUCAAGGUGAAGCGUAUCACUCCCCGUCACCUGCAGCUCGCCAUCCGCGGAGACGAGGAGCUGGACAGCCUUAUUAAGGCUACCAUCGCUGGUGGCGGCGUCAUUCCGCACAUCCAUAAAUCGCUCAUUGGUAAGAAGGGUGGUCCAGAGUAAUCUGAUAACGCUCCAAUGGGUUACGAGAGAUAUGUUGUGCAUUCCUCGGGAACGCGCACGCCGAUUUCUUAUUCAGAAUGAAGAAAGAAACCAAUUAUUCAGCCCCUUUCUGCCCCCUUACCCCAUUUUAUUAGCAAUGUAAUUUUGCACUGAUUAGGUUUUUUUUUCAUAAGAUUAACAUUUAUACGUUUAUUAUUGUACAAAGACAUAAUUGCUUAUUUUUAAACACUACACAUGUGUAGCGCACACCGGAGAGAUGUAAGCACCUUCACAUUUUCUAGGCUGUGCCAGGUGGAUGUACGACCUCUCUAUGAACUCCCUGUUACACGCAGAAAUCUGCUAACUCAUUUGAAAACACGCAUCCACGCGGCGAACACGCGUUCAGAUCUAUAGAAAAUGUCAGGCUUUUUGCAUUAUUUCGAUGGGGUUGGAGGCAACCCAAAUAAUCAAUUUUAAUAAUGAACGUUUAUGAGGAAUCCAAACACAAUGGUGGUCGAAUUAUACAUACAAGUAUAUAUAUAUAUUUUAAAGUAAUAUAUAUAUAUUUUAAAAUAAUGAGCGCCUUUCCUCCACGAGCAGCAUACAUUGCCGUUUUGAUGGGGAUUAAUCGGAUAAUAUAUAUUUUUUCCUUUAUUGCAUUCUUACAUAACAUGGUGAUUCAACAGCAACACCAGAUUUUCUUUUCUUUAUUAAAAUCUCGUUCGUAGUUGCAGAUUAUUAUGAUGAUUAAUUUCAAUACUUACAAAUAGUUGUUUUGCUCUACGGUAAAAAGUAACGUAAUUGAGGCAAAGUGUAGUGAAAUCACCACAAAUCGUACCGGGUGACGAAUGUAACGUAAGAGAUUAAUCCUUUUGGCAAAGCAUAAAAAAUCGGAGGUUUUUCUUCAGCCUCACCAUAUACAUACGGUUCAUGUACAAAGCAUGUUGAGGAAAGAGAAUAGAGUGUUUGUCUUAGCCGCCGA